GAUUUGAACACUUUACGGCAAAACAUUGCCGACCUUGGUCGGGUUGAGGAUCGUCGUCGGCUUUCUACUGAAUAAUCCGUUCCGAGUCAACAAUGGCAGACGACGAACAUGAAACAGAUCCAAUUAAUUCUCGUUUAUAUGAAAAACAACAAUUUGGCACAUUGGAAAAAUUCAGUUCCCUAAUUAGAGAAAAGUUGGUGUUGCCAUUCCGUAGAGCCGAGCGUCCUGUUUACUACCACAGAAAGUUUGCACGAGUGCCAACAGUCGACCAGUGCCGGAUUGAUGAUGAGAUUUGCAAGAUGGAAGCAGGGGAACAGCACAAAAGGGACAAGAUGGUGGACAUGUGCAAGGUGAAGAUUCUGCGUAAACGUCUGUCUGAGUGUAACUGGUACUGGCAGGAAAACAAGUUUGAGAAGUGUAGCGAGCAGAGGGAUGGUUUCUACAGCGGAAUGGUCAACUAUCACUUAAAAUAUGGUGAAAUCGGGCGUACACAGGAUGUUUAUGAAAACUACAUGAAGCAGAAACACCGCAUGAUUUGGCUACGUAGACGACACGAGGCUGGUGAUACCAACGCCAAGUACACUGACUAACGUGGCGCCUCGUGUAGAUGUUUCGAAUACAUAAAUAUAGGACUUUUAAGAGUGUAAUUUGUGCUUGUUAGGUUUAUUGUAUAAGACAUGCAUUAAUAUUUGACAUACAUUGAUAAGAUAGCUUUAUAAGGUCAAAGAAAAUAAUGUGUGGUUCUAGUUGCCUGACUUAUCUUAUUAAUAAAAACAUAUUGAAAAUAUAAACCAUGUGGCACCAUUUUUGUACAAGGAGUUUUGGCUUACUUGUAUUUUGUUAAGUUCUUGGCAAUGUUAAUGUCAGAAUGUGCAUGUAUGUAAUUCAACAAUAUACAUACUUUGCACACAAUUAAAGAAACAGUUGGCAGCAGGAAACACAGAAUUAUUUCAAGUUUGUCUUAUGGUGCUGAACUUAGGUAAGAAUUUUUGUGGAGGUUUGAGAAACAAUAAAAAUAAUGAUAAAAAAACGUGGCUUGGAUUUAUUUAUCUGUAUUAAACACAAAAACUCCAAUCUGAAUGGAAAUAUUGCUUUUCUGUUCAAAACUCUAUAUUCCUUAUAAUGUUUUAAAAUGUGCUAUGGUUUAUCUUUGCUAAGGAUUUGUUAGGGUCACAAUAAAUUGUGGGAAAUGUA